AUGAAGAUCGAAAACUGGGUGAAGGAGUGGUGCCACAGUCUGCCCACGAGAAUGCAUGCUACCAUUUCUGGUGACAGUGGGACAUUGAUUGUCUCAAACCUCAUUGAUGGUGUGGAUACAUAUGUGAUCCCCCCUCAGGAGCUGCUUCGCUCGUUUCGGCAUCCCAUCAACUCCAACGUUCCAUUGCUCGUUUCCUCGGUAAUGGAUUCUUCUUUGAUUGUAGUGGGGAGUGAUGAUGGCUGUCUGCGGAUCUAUGACCACCACACAGGUCAUCUGUCAAUGUCGUUACCUCACAGGAAAGGUUUGGUCCAAAUUGUUGAUGCAAUAUCGGACAACAGAAAAUCUAUUAUUGUAACAGGAACAUCUGACACUCAUGACAUUGCGAUUAAAAUCUGGGCACCGAUCAAGGAAAUCGCAGAAGAUGCCCAAAAUACCCCACCGCCACCCGUCUACUCAGCAGGAUUAUCCUUCUGGCAGAUUGUUUGCAUUAUCUUAGUCUGUUGCAGUGUUCAAGCUAUUCUUCUCAACCUCCCAUUUGACAGAAUUUCUGACCUUAUACAGAAUUGCCUCAAACUUAGACCUCAUUUCCAUCAUUAG